CCUCAAGUGAUGUUAUAGUACGUGAAGGUGAUAAUGUUACCCUAAGAUGUAAAGCGAAAGGUAGUCCCGAACCGUCGAUACGUUGGAAACGAGAUGAUGGUCUGAGAAUUGUUGUAAAUAAAUCAUUGGAUGUACCCGAGGUAGAAGGUGAUACUUUGGAAUUGGAACGUAUAUCACGUUUACAUAUGGGUGCAUAUUUAUGCAUAGCCACCAAUGGUGUACCGCCCAGUGUAUCGAAGCGUAUUAAAGUCAGUGUGGAUUUUUCUCCCAUGGUCUCAAUACCUCAUCAAUUGGUGGGCAUACCCAUGUAUUUCAACGUAACCUUAGAAUGUUUCAUAGAAGCAAAUCCAACAUCUCUCAAUUAUUGGACAAGAGAAAACGAACAAAUGAUAACAGAUUCAUCGAAAUACAAUUUUAAAAAAGUAUUUAAACCAACAACAGCUGCGGCGAGAAAAAUGAUUGUAGUGAUAUUAUGGUCACUAAUACUGGCAGCACUAAGGGCUCAAGUUAGAGGACAAGCUACUGGAAACGAUAUAAAUAUAUUGAUUCAAAAUUCCAUUUUAUCGUCUAUUGAUGAAACCGUUAAACCGUGUGAAGACUUUUACGCUUAUGCCUGCGGCAGGUAUGCUGAGCAGCAUUUAACAGAGGAUUAUAAGGAAAUAACCACUUUAUUGGAUUUACAAUAUAAUGAAUUUAUUUUACAACUAUAUGAUUCAGUGUACCAGGAUUAUCAACAUGAUUUGGAUAAAUCAGACACAUUUGUAGCAAAAACUUUGGCUUAUUUCCAAUCAUGUCGCCAAGAAACUAAAAGAAAUUUGACAAAUUAUUUUGAAUAUAUUAAACCAGGAGCAGAGCUUAAUUGGCCCUUAUGGGAGGAGUUAAGAAAUAAUGUUACUCAAUCAUUUAUAUGGACCGGUGAGCAAACAUUUGACAUUUGGAGUCUAUUGGGUAAAUUACAGUCUUAUGGUUUAAAUAAUGUCUUGAUAAACCAACAGAUUUUAGUAAAGAAAAAUGGCGCUUUAGAAAUAAUGCUAGAACCUGCAUAUAGAGAGAAUAAUACUACUUUACCGGACUUAAAAAUGUUAGCAGUUUUAUUAAUGGGCUUGGGAGUUACACAACCUAAAACGAUUUUAAGAAACCUCUUAGAAACCAAUAAGAUAUUGGUGGAUAUUAUGGAAAGUUGUGAAAAGCACAAAGGAAAUAUCCAGCAACUGACUUAUAAGGAUUUAGAAUCUAAAUAUGAAAAUCUUAAUUUAAAUUUGUAUGUCAAGGAAUUAGUUAAACAAGAUUUACCAGCCGAUACUGUUAUUAUAUUAAGAAAUUCGGAAUAUUUUCAAAACUUAAACAACUUUUUAAGGCAGAAUUUACAAAAGUCCAAUUGGUGCAAUUAUUUAAUGUUAAAAUUUCUUUACUACUUGACUUUGGACAGUACGGCUGCUUUCAAAAGUUUGGAUUGUAUUAAGGAUCUAAGAAACAAAAUGGAUUUGGCGGUAAAUUUCCUAUUUUACCACCACAACUAUGGACACAAAGUUAAACUCUAUAAACCCGUUAUAUUUAAAAUAUUUCAAAAUAUAAAAGAUAAAUUUCAAAAACUAUUUCUCGACAAUCAUUUAAAUUUAACUUCGCUACAACAACAAUUUCUUCUAGAAAAAUUACAAAAUGUGCGCCUAAAUAUAGGCAACUUACCGGAAGAGGUAACAUUUAAUAAGGUAGCAAAAUUUUAUGAAAAUCUACCACCAUUGGAUAUAAAUAAUUACUAUAACAAUCACUUGCUGUUAAUAAAACAUCGGUUUCAAAACACUUUACAUUAUAAACCAAAUCAAACACAUUACUUGGGUUCAAUUAGUAGUUUAGGCAGUAGGCCAGCAGCGUUUUAUGUGGCCCAACAAAAUAUGAUCGUAUUACCCUUUAGCAGUCUACGUUAUCCACUUUUCGAUAUACACUAUCAUGAUGUCUAUAAAUAUUCUCAUUUGGGUUUCAUAUUGGCCCAUGAGUUGUCACACAGCUUCGAUACUUAUGGUCUUAAUUUUGAUAGUAAAGGGGAAUUUGUGAGGUCCCCAGAUCAUAUAUUCGAUAAUGAAAAUUUUCUCACCGCCUUAAAAUGUCUGCAGUCUCAACUUUCCACCAAGAGUAUAGAUGAACGUAUAGCGGAUAUUGUUGCCAUAGAUAUCAGUUAUGAACUAUAUGAAUCGAAACUAAAUAAACACCCUCCUGCAGAUGUACAUUCUAGUUGGAAUAAAUAUUUCUAUUUAAAUUUAGCCCAAUUCUUUUGUGGUAAAAAACAUAUCAAAUUUAUUGAUCACGAUACAGAUGCUCAACGUUUGAAUCAGAUUGUUAUGAAUUCUAAAGGCUUUGAAUCAGCUUUUCAAUGUGAUCGUAAUAGUAAAAUGAAUCCUAGUAAAAAGUGUCGCUUAUAUUAAGUUAUUUACUAAGCUAAUUUAUAAUAUUCUAAUAAGUUAAAAAAAAAUAAAUGAAAAAAUUGUACGAAAUAUAGAUCAUAUUGUAGCCUCAAGA